UGAAAGUGCAGCCAGCCACGCCACGCGCAGCUUUUCAAUCCGCUGCCACCGAUCGUAGUGGGAAGACUGCUCAAAUCAGUGCGGCUCUUGUUCUACUUUCCUCUGGGAAGCGGUCCCCGACAUUCUGCCCGCCUGACGCCGGAAGCGCUAGCGGAUAAACCAUGAAUAGAAGACUGCACUCAAUGGGAUGGGAGCUCGCAGCCUACACUGCAGGGCCCUGGCUUAUCCUAGGCAGCAUCAUCUACUUCCUUCCCGCCUUAUGGGGACUUCUUUCUUACGUCACCGGUGCCUUAGGUCUGGCACUGCUUGCCACAAUCAUGGGACGUUUCAUCAGCGCCAGGUUACCGAACGCGCGUGUGCAGCCCGAGGGUCGCGCCGUCCUGAUUACUGGCUGUGAUACGGGAUUUGGCCACGACUUGAGCGUUCGGCUCGACAAGCAAGGGUUCCAGGUCUUUGCUGGAUGCCUGUUUCCCGAUGGGGAAGGUGCCAAGAGUCUCAGGAGGAAUUGUUCCAGUAGGUUGCACGUAGUCACACUGGAUGUGACCAAGGAGGAGCAUUUCGAAAGCACGCUUGCUUAUGUGAAGAAGAACCUGGGAGACAACAGACUGUGGGCUGUUGUGGCAAACGCCGGCAUAUUCCUGUCCAUGGAACUGGAGUGGAUGCCCAUGAAGGACAUCAGAAAGCUGUUCGAAGUGAAUGUCUUCGGCUGUGUGCGCACCGUUCAGACAUUCUUGCCUCUAUUGAGGGAGUCUAAGGGAAGAGUGGUCCUUAUGGCCAGUUACGCAGGAAGGGGUACGUCAACGUGGAUCAACGCUUACAGCAUGACAAAGCACGCAGUGAUUUCGCUAGGAGAUGGACUCAGAAGGGAACUGGCCAAAUGGGAUGUCACAGUGUCGAUGGUGGAACCUACUUACCACAAGACUCCAAUCAUACCAACGCCUGCUGACAUAAUCAAAAAGUGUGAACAAAUUCCUGAAGACAUCACCAAGGACUAUGGCAAGUCUUACAUGUACGCCAUGGCUGAAAGGUCCAGAUUCGUGUUCGACACGUUCGCACGUGACAACGUAUCUGAAGUCGUCGAUACCAUGGAAACAGCGACAUGCAUCAAGCAUCCUCAGGCAUCAUACAAGUGCAUUGGCUAUACCAUGUGGGUCUGCAUGUACCUUCUCACAGUUAUGCCGACCAUCUUUGGAGACGUUACGGACUAUCUUAUCUACACCCCGAACGUCUAUGAAAAAAAUGGAAGGCUCGUGGAAUCAGUUCCAUUCUACAACAAGAUCUGCGAGAAGUUGUCAAACAUCAAAAACAUUGCACGGCGAAGUGCAGCGUAAGUCCUGGGCUGAAACCCAGUGUUCCAAGAUAUACUUUGGGGUGCCACAGUGGCUUCAUACUCAGUGAAUGUUGUGAGUGCACAUGUGUGUGCAGGACAAUUGCUCACUUCUCUGGAUAUGUGAUGGUGGUGGUGUGAUUUUGACGACACAUCUUUGUGCAUGGGGUGCAUGGACUUUAUGCUGAAAAUACCUCACCACAGCCAUGCCUUGAUUUGUAUCCAAUACUAUGUGCCUGUUGACACAGGAAUGUCAUCUGGGCAGGCAGGAAGUAACAUGUUCUUCUGGAAGGAAUAAAGAGGUUUCGAGAUAUAUCGAAACCUGUUGCUUUAUGCCCAGGUGCCAGUAAAGUUUUAAAACCUC